AUGGCCAAAAAGAAGAGAAAGAACAACGCGCCUCAUGCGAGAAGAGCGGCACCGGCCGAAAGACGUCAAGUCGUCUCGUACGACGAUAUCGAAGGAGAGGCAGCGCCGCCGAUCCCGCGCCAGAGAGUGUCGUAUGGCAGCGACUCCAACGACGACGAGGGCGAGCAGGCACCCGAUCAGAGACAUGCUGUUGUAUCGAAAGAGGCUUUGAGAGAGCGCGAACGUCCACAGACAGACGUCACCUAUGGUCAACAAGGCGCUUUCCCAGGUCUGGACCCACGCGACAAGGAGCCUUUCUACGGUCCUGCUAACGAUGGUCUUGACUACUUGCGCAUGGUCAGGUCCGAAGCACGCGGCAUUCCGCACGUAGUCAGCGCUCCACCUCCCAAGCCAUUCCAGCCUACCGAUUACGAAGAUGACGACUACGAGGAACACGUCGACGACUACGGCGGCUAUUAUGAGGAAGAGUCGGAUGGCGAAGAUGAAGGAGGUUAUUACGAAGAUGGCGCUUAUGUGGCUCCCCCGAUUGUCGCUCCCAUUAUCGGUCCUGUCCAGUCAGGCAUGAAAGCCCAGGAUGCCUUCUACCGCUCUCUCAUAACUCGAUUCGAGACACUGCGCCGCAAUCUACGCUCUCCGCCCUCUGUCCAGUCUGUUCAGGGCUUGGAUGAUAAGCACCCCAUCUCGCUUCCAUUCGGCAAUAAGAUGGCCGACAAGGAAUGGAAAUACCACCUAGUACACACCACACCACUUCCCGCUCAACUCGCCUCUCUCGACUCGCCGUCUAUCCUUCGCCUCCUGAAGCUCGUCGAAGGUCAGUUGGAAAAUUGCCGCAAGACCAACAUUCCACACAACCUCAGUCUGUGGGCUUGGUCGUUGUUGGCUAAAUUGGAAGAUGUGGGUUUGUUGCAGACCAGAGAUGUCAGUGUCGUACGAGACCUGGCAAAGAUGGCCGUCUGGGUACGUAUGAUGCAUCAUAAAUCCAAGUACGGUAGGUCCAACGAUCCUGAUUACGAGCAUCUCGAUCACUACCCUGAGGAGAAUGCUGCCCAGCAAGAACAAGAAGAAGGCGAAGUCGUCGAUGAAAAGCCAGCUGAUGCUGAAGCUGGCGCACCAGAGGUUGAGCCAGUCGGUGCUGCUGAACCAAUCGAUGCUGCAGUACAAGCACAAAUACAAGAGGAGAUCACAGCAGAGACUGGAAAUGGAGAUGCAGCUAUGGAUCUGGAUUCCGAAGACCAACUUCUGGAUGCCAUUGCUGCUAAGAAGCGCCAGCUGCAGACUGAAGCUGAAGCCCAAGAGAAGGAGCAGAAAUUAGAUGAGUUCCCAGACACCAACACCUGCGUCACCAUCGACAUGCUCGUCACAGUGGCCUCUGAAUUCUAUGGUCAAAAGGAUUUGCUCGUCGGUCGUCUGGCCUGGGACCAUCCGACCGACUGA